GCCGCACAGUAAACCGGAAGUUGGUUGUGACGCACUACGCAUGCCCUUGAAAAAAAAACGUCAGAGCUACUUUGAUGACGGUUGUCACUACUCCGCUUAGCCCACCGCUUUCAAAACACAUCAGGUCUACGACAACAGCGCCAUGGGGUUUCUACUGUCUAAAUCCAUGGACGCGAACUUUAAAAAGCAACAAGAAUUCAUGCUCCACACUUCACGGCUGCAGAUGGAACGCCAGCUCCUGAUGCAGAACCAGAUGAGGGAGAGACAGAUGGCGAUGCAGGUCGCCUGGUCCAGAGAAUUUCUCAAAUACUUUGGGUCUUUCUACGCCGUCACUACAGUCGGACUCACAUUAGGUGCCCUUAAAAGAAGGAACCCGUCCCUAUUGGCUCCCAUCAUCCCUCUCAGCUUUAUAUUGGCUUUCCAGAUGGACAGCGCCUACGGGACACUUAUUCAUCGCAUGAGAGGGGAGGCUGAGAGCGUUAUGACGUCUGAACAUGACCGCCUGGACCUUCCUCACGGGACUCCAACUUUCGAAAGCAUAGAGAAAGCCCGCCGCGCUAGAAGCAGCCUCGCCUCCUUCUUGGAGAACUGACGUGUUGGUUGUCGCAAAAGUCCAGUCGAUGCGUUCACACGCUCGGCUUUUGCUUUCAAAAAACUCGCGGAAGCCAACCGUCUUUUUUCCCAAAUUUAUUUUCACGGGAUGUGUCAAAUAUUCUCAAUAAGUCUCAAUAUUAUUGAAUAUAUUUGGUUGGUAAAUGUAGGUCAAACUAAAUAUUUAAGUUGGUAAGUAGUACGCUGUCAUCACUGUAUUCAGUCAUUGAGUAAAUCAAUUGAACCUUUAUAAAAAGAUUAUUGCAUAGUGACAAAUCAUGAAAGCUGCGCCCCGAAUCCAGACCAUAAACUUAUUAUAUACUACGUACCAUAUCUAAUCUACAAGUUAUCUACAAGGUAUAAUUUUACCGGUUAGUAUUCAGAAAUAUACCAUAUUUUAUUAAUAACAACAAUAAUUCUUUUUCAUCCUGUCUGCCUUCAGUAUGAAAGUACUCAUCGCAUAAAAUAUACCGACAUGUGAAUGAAUCGGCAGCAAAAGUAGACCCCUGGUGUGUAACCGCUUCUUAGUGUUAAAGGAUUUGAUACUUGUCAGUUUUCCAAAAUUUGAGCUGUACCUGCCGCCUCCCACGGUGCAUUUUACCCAGCUGCCCCGGCCGGUGUCCUUUGAGUACCUCUCAUUUGCCAACGAGCCGUGUUCUGUACUCACGCUGCUGGUUUGACCUCUACAGGCCAGUAAACCUCCACAGUGUGAUAACAGUUAACAGAUCGGGGAAAAAUGAAAGACGCAUUGAGAUUCUGCCCAGCAGAGGGCACAAAGGGUUUAAAACGCUGUCGAAGUAGCACAACCUCUCCAGAGUCUGAUCGAGGCUCGAUCGAUUUGCCUGCUUUCACAUCAGGGAGAAACAGAACCACUUGAAUUGUUGUUGUGUAUAUUUUCUUGCCACCUGGUAACUUGUACUCAAAAGUGGCUACAGAGCGAUGAAAUUGUUAAUAUGAAAAGUAUUAAACACUGCAGACAUUUGUCAUGAGAGCGGAAGAUUGUUGUUACUCCAAAACUGUCGCUGAAGCUUUCGGUCAUCGUUUCGUAAAGCGUUGAUUCUCGCUCAGGAGCUUCAUGGCUUAAGCAUUGGUGCACCUUCUUACUCAUUAUGUAAAAUAUUAUAUUUAUGCAUUGUUUAUCAUUUUGACUCGUGUUCAACAUCAUGGAAAUGAUAUUUGGACAAAAUAAAUAUUGCCAACACUCGUCGA